GUGCGUGUGUGUAGAGUAAUGUAAUGUUGAGGCGGUAACCAAAGUGUUGCUACAGACGCCACACGCCAAACUCCGCCCAACUUUCCUUGGAGACCUCGCAUGCGCGUAUGAUGCGCCACUGAAAUAAUUCAAUGGAUGCGCGGUUUGUUUUGGGAUUUUGAGUCUGUACACAAAGCAAACAAAAAAAAAAUCAACUCUAACAUGAAAUUAACUCGGAAGCUUGUCCUAGCCAGGGCCAAAGCUUCAGACCUGGAAAGUGUCAAGAAACUCAAUUGCUGGGGCAGUAAUCUCGUAGAUAUAUCUAUAUUCACUGAAAUACCAAACAUUGAGGUCCUGACACUAAGUGCAAACAAAAUCUCUUCACUGGAACACAUCAGCCAGUGUCACAACCUGACGGAGCUAUACCUGAGAAAGAACAACAUCUGCAAUAUCUCCGAGCUGUACUACCUCAAGCCCCUGACUCGCCUGCGAGUCCUGUGGCUGUCGGAGAACCCCUGCUGUGGUCCGGAUUCCCAGAAGUUCAGGCUGACGGUGCUUCGCAACUUGCCUAACCUGCAGAAGUUGGAUAACCAAGCGGUCACUGAGGAGGAGCUGUCCCGUGCUCAGGAGGAAGGAGAGGAGAUCACUGCACCUCCUCUAUGGGAGGGCACAGGCAAUGGGGUGCCGCUGUUCCCCGAGGAGCAAAGCCUGACUGACCAGUCAAUGGACACAGAGAACGACCCGCUCGACUUCAGCAUGGAGGAGACCAAUAAAAUCCGUGAGCAGCUGGGGAUGAAGCCCUUAACCAGAGAUAAAUUCCCAUCUUUUACCUCCCCCAAAGUAGUAAGACCUACUUUGGGUAAAAAGAGUAAUGUUUUGAAUGCGGUUCUGCUGCUGCUAAAGGAUCUGGAUGCAGAGAGUCUGGAGGUGGUUCGCAAGACAGCAGAGAACAGACUGCACACUCUGCAGAGGAAGGAGGCCCAGCUGGAUAUACAAGAGGUCUUCAAGCAAUAACCACCACGAAUAGGACAGUGCCGCAGGAGUGCCGUAUCCACAACCCUCUUCUGACUGCUGCAGUUCAGGAGUAGCCAAAGAGAUACAGUAUCGGUCACCUGUGUGAAAUCUUUUAACCAAGCUUAACAUGCAUUCACAAAAAUGAAACAUGCCUGAAAUUUAAAUAAGCACCAAGAGCCCUUUCUGCGUUUCUCUCUCUCACGUUACUGAGUGUAAACUCAAGAGUUUAGACACUCCGCCUGCUCGCUAUCUUAGCAAGUCACAGGCCAUCACUGCUAUUAAAAAAUAAAUAAAUAAAUAAAAGUUGCAAGUUUAAAGAUACUUGUUUGUUUAGGCAGCAACAAAUUUGAACACUACUGUGUGUACAUGUGCCACCCCAGGAAAAGCUAAAGUUCUCUUGCUUACAGUAUGGACCAAAGCCAGUAAAGCAACUUAUUUGAAAGGACUUUCUGCUAAUACAAUAGAUAUGCAGCUGCUCACAAAUCGCUUAUCCAUGAGGUGGCUUACAGCUGAAGUCAUAUUCCUGAUUUUAACAGUCAGGCAUGAAAACUACAUCAUUGCUCUUGCAAUGGCUCCCGUAUCUGAACGAGCUUGCCCAGUGGUUUGUUGGCUAUAUAUUCUUGCAUUGUCAGGUACAGAUUACAAUCACAAAGUAUUAACGGAAGUCACCUCAUUUUAGCUGGGAUGUAACACUGUUCCCUGAAUAAAGAGACAUGCAUUUUCCAAAAUGUAAA